AAUAAGAAUCAUUAUAUGCAUUCCAAUUGCCAGCACUUCCUUCAUUAUAUGCAUUCCAAUUGCUAGCACUUCCUUCUCUACGUUUCUUUACUCCUACAACUCUUCCAUUUCAGCUAAUAUCAUCAUCUUCAACCAUUGUCAUUUUCUUCAUCUAUCAUAAACCAUAUAUAUAUAAGAGAUGUUGGUGUUGUGGAUUGGAGCUUUGACUUUCAUUAUAUACAUCACACAUUGGGUUUACCACUGGAGAAAUCCUAGAUGUAAUGGCAAACUCCCACCAGGUUCUAUGGGUUUCCCAUUUCUUGGUGAGGCUUUUCAGUUCUUCAAGUCCAAUGCUACUAAUGAUGUUCCUCCCUUUGUUAAAGAGAGAAUGGAAAGGUAUGGGCCGGUAUUCAAGACGAGCAUAAUGGGACGACCGGUAAUCGUAUCGGCCGACCCGGAUCUCAAUCACUUUGUGUUUCUUCAAGAGGGGCAACUGUUUCAGAGUUGGUAUCCGGAUACGUUCACAGAGCUAUUUGGACGUCAAAAUGUAGCUUCCUUUCAAGGCUUCAUGUACAAGUACCUAAAGAACAUGGUGCUUAGUCUCUUUGGCCCUGAAAGCUUAAAAAAUAUGCUCCCUGAAGUUGAGCGAACAGAUUGUAGAAGGUUACAGCAAUGGUCAAUCCAAGAAACAGUUGAAUUAAAAGAAGCAACCGCUGCUAUGAUAUUUCAUCUGACGGCCAAAAAGCUGAUAAGUUACGACGAAGAAAAUGCCACCCAGAAACUGAGGGAGAACUUUGUUGCCUUUAUGAAAGGAUUAAUCUCCUUUCCCUUAAAGAUUCCUGGAGCAGCCUAUUACAAAUGUUUACAGGGAAGGAAAAAUGCAAUGAAAAUGCUAAAGAACCUGCUAAACGAAAGGCAGGCAAUGCCAAGGAAGAGCCGAAGUGACUUUUUUGAUUUUGUCCUUGAAGAACUUCAGAAAGAGGGAACAACUCUAACAGAGAAAAUCGCUCUGGAUUUGAUGUUCGUUCUACUAUUCGCCAGGUUUGAAACAACUUCUUUGGCUCUAACUUUCGCAGUAAAGUUCCUUUCUGACAACCCUUCAGUGCUAAAAAAACUAAGGGAAGAGCAUGAGACAAUUCUACGAAACAGGGAAAAUACAGACUCCGGGCUUACAUGGAAAGAAUAUAAAUCAAUGACAUACACAUUCCAGUUCAUCAAUGAAACAGUUAGACUAGCAAAUAUAGUGCCGGUAAUCUUCAGGAAAGCACUAAGAGAAAUCCAAUUCAAAGGAUAUACCAUUCCAGCUGGUUGGGCAGUAAUGGUCUGUCCCCCAGCUGUGCACCUGAAUCCAACAAAAUACAAAGAUCCCCUGACCUUUAAUCCAUCAAGAUGGGAGGGCGUAGAAAUAAAUGGAGCCACAAAGAAUUUCAUGGCAUUUGGUGGUGGCAUGAGAUUUUGCGUCGGAGCAGACUUUAGUAAAGUGCAGAUGGCUGUGUUUCUCCAUUGCUUGGUUACAAAGUACAAGGAAGGCCAAAUUACAAGAUGUUUUAUAUUUGCCAACACACUGUGUGUGAGAGAGCAAGAGACAAAAACUCAUCAAAAUCUCGAACCUUCUUUCAGGUGGGAACCAGUCAAAGGAGGAAAUAUACUCCGAACUCCAGGUUUACAGUUUCCAGGUGGCUUUCACAUAAGGCUCAUGGAGAUAAACUAGAAUGGAUACACUUUAAUAGAAACAAGGCAGAAUAAUAAUAUAGAGCUAGGAACCCCCACAAUGACGUUCACACUAUAAUGAGAUCAGAUCAUACUUUCUGAUGUAAAAGCCCUAGUAGCAGAAGCACUACACAUCUAAAUGCAAUAAUAAGCAAAUCCUUACCUUCUCCCUAA